GACUUCUCCACGACUGCUUUGUGUAGCAACACAACAGAAAAAUAGUGGCCAGAACUUGGAAGAGGACCAGAGUCAGAGCCAAAACGAGCAGAAGGUUGAACCCAGCUCUGCUGAAAAAAUGUUAACUGAAGAAAAGGCCAAACUGGAAGAACAACUAAAAGAAGUUACUGACAAGUACAAGCGUGCCUUGGCAGAUGCGGAAAACGUGAGGCAAAGAAGCCAGAAACUAGUAGAAGAGGCAAAGUUGUACGGGAUUCAGAGCUUCUGUAAGGACUUACUGGAAGUUGCAGACAUUUUGGAGAAAGCAACGGAAAGCGUUCCAAAAGAAGAAAUUAAGGAUGAAAAUCCUCACUUGAAGAGCUUAUAUGAAGGUCUUGUUAUGACGGAAGUACAGAUUCAGAAAGUGUUUAAAAAACACGGCCUGCUCAGACUGGAUCCUGUGGGAGCCAAGUUCGACCCCUAUGAACAUGAAGCGCUGUUCCACGCUCCCAUGGAGGGGAAGGAGCCCGGCACUAUUGCUUUAGUAUCCAAGAUCGGCUAUAAGCUGCACGGGCGUACGCUGCGGCCUGCCCUGGUGGGUGUUGUGAAAGACGCUUAGCUGCUUAAUCCGAGAAUUUAAAAUGCCAUACAACUAUUAAACAGCUGGAUGGUUUUUCUCUUACACUGUGCUCUCCUCAUUCCUCUGACCCGAGAGGUUUAAAUGAAUUGGUUGAGGUCUCCCAGUGAAAACGAAGCCAUUGAUGAAAUUCUUCUGCUUAGGGGCCUUCAACAUCACUGUUCCAUACGCUCUCUUCUUAAGUGUGAAAUGCAAGAGCAUUAAGCCCUCUAGUGCUUUAGAUUAGAUAACAGUUUUUACAACUGCUGCUACUAAAGGUGCAUUAAAUUGAAAUGAACGAAAUGUUCACAAGAAUUUUGCCAUCUCACGUUUAUCACUGUGCGUAGACUGAAAAUCCCAAUAGUGGUUCAAACACUUCCUUUUGUUUUGCAGAAUCUAACAGUGCAGAAGUGGGUGAAGUAGUACAAACAGCCCGUUUUCUGCAAGGGUCCAUCAGCUUUCACACACUGAUGUGACAAAUGCCCCUUUUUGUCUUCUCGGAAAGAAUCUCUCUCGACAACUGAAAUGGAAACCUUUGUGAAUUCUGACCUGUAAAUAAAAGGCACCGGAGAGCAGAUGUCUUUUGUAGUUCAACCCUUUUUGUUCUGUAGUAAUGUUGACUCAAGAAAACCAUCUAAUAUUUGUAUGGCAUUGAAGAACCAAUAGAAUUUAUCCUAUCUCUGGAUUGUUAAUUUAAUAUUGUAUAAAUUGGUUUAA